AUGGGAUUCAAAAAGACCACAUUCGGCCUUAUGCCGCCUUCUGCCCGUGGUGGCGCAUCCCGUGGUCGAGGCGGCCGAGGUGGUGGACGAGGAGGCAAAGUAUACAGAGCACCAUCUGCACAGUCUGCGCAGCCCUUUGUAGCAACAGGGGACGAGGGAACACAUAUUGAGCAACGGUUCGACGACGUGGCAUUGCAGGAUGAAAUUGAUGAGAAGCUGGGAUUCUUCAAGUUCCAGGAGGGACCCGAGAAGUUGGGCUGGCUUAUUAAUCAGCAUGCGACACUCGUAAAGGACGAGGAUUGGCCAACGGGUCGAUCGGCAAUCGACUACUACUUUAUUCAGGAUGACGGAGAGAUGUUUAAGACGACUGUGAAGUAUAGUCCAUACUUCUACAUUGCACCUAAGGUUGGACUCGAAGGAGAUGUCGAGGAGUACAUCCGCAGGAAGUUUGAGAGCACAGUCGAGAAGAUGUCUAGAGUACAAAAGGAAGAUCUGGACUUGCCAAACCACCUUCUUGGGAACACUCGCACGCUCAUCAAAUUGGCAUUCAGAAAUGUACGUGAUCUGCUCUCUGUACGCAAAAUUAUUCUUCCAGCAGCCAAGGCCAAUCAAGCGAAAAUGUCAGCUCUGGAUACAUAUGCGGAGGUUAUUAGUGCAUCAGCAGAUAUGGACCACGAACCCAUUGCAUCAAGGGCCGGAGGAGGCGAUGGGCUGGAUAAUAUCGUGGACAUUCGCGAAUAUGAUGUUCCAUAUACUAUCCGUGUGGCUAUUGACAAAGACAUUCGUAUUGGUCUGUGGUACACAGUUAAAGUAACGCCAACAGAUGUGGAAAUCAAGCGGCAGAUGGACAGGGUUGCUCGUGCGGAUCCAGUCGUUUUUGCAUUCGAUAUCGAGACGACAAAAUUGCCGCUCAAGUUUCCUGAUGCGGCAAUUGACUCCGUGAUGAUGAUUUCAUAUAUGAUUGACGGACAGGGCUUCUUGAUCACAAAUCGCGAAGUAGUUUCUCAAGAUAUUGAUGACUUUGAAUAUACCCCCAAGCCUGAAUACGAGGGCUUGUUUACAAUUUUCAACGAGCCUACUGAGGAAGAGUGUCUUCGGCGGUUCUUCCACCACGUCCAGGAAGCCAAGCCCACCGUGUUUGUCACAUACAACGGAGACUUUUUCGAUUGGCCGUUUAUGGAAACAAGAGCCAAGAUUCAUGGCAUCGACAUGUUCCAUGAAAUUGGUGUCAAGAAGGACGACGAGGACGAAUACAAAUCCAACACAGCUGUCCACAUGGAUGCCUUUCGAUGGGUGAAACGUGAUUCUUAUCUCCCCAUGGGUAGUCAGGGUCUGAAGUCGGUCACUAAGGAAAAGUUGGGCUACAAUCCAAUGGAGCUAGACCCAGAAGACAUGACACGAUUUGCAAGCGAGCGGCCGCAGACAUUGGCCCAGUACUCAGUUUCUGAUGCCGUUGCCACCUAUUACUUGUACAUGAAGUACGUUCACCCUUUCAUUUUCUCGCUGUGCAACAUUAUCCCGAUGAAUCCGGACGAGGUCUUGAGAAAGGGUUCAGGAACACUCUGCGAGACUUUGCUCAUGGUCGAGGCAUACCAAGGCAACAUCAUUAUGCCCAACAAGCAUACAGAGUCCUAUAACAAGAUGCAUGAUGGACAUCUACUGGAGAGCGAGACGUAUGUCGGAGGGCACGUGGAGGCCUUGCAAGCAGGCGUAUACAGAAGUGACAUUCCCAAUCAAUUCAGUAUUGUCCCCGAGACUGCCCAGAAGCUGAUCGACGAUUUAGAUGCGGCCUUGAAGUUCAGUAUUGAAGUCGAGGGUCAACUUAGCUUGGGCGACGUGACCAAUUACGAGGAGGUCAAAGCAGCCAUUGCCGCACCACUCAUGGACCUGAGAGAUCGGCCAAAUCGCACGGAGAAUCCCAGUAUUUAUCACUUGGAUGUCGCCGCCAUGUAUCCAAAUAUUAUUCUGACCAACCGACUGCAGCCAGAUUCAAUCGUGGAGGAGUCCACUUGUGCCGCUUGCGACUUCAACAAGGUCGGGAAAGACUGUGACCGACGUAUGACCUGGUCCUGGCGCGGAGAAUACUUCCCAGCCAAGAAGAGCGAGUACAACAUGAUCAGAAACCAGCUGGAGGCCGAACGCUUCCCUGGAAAGAAAUCUUGGGACGAACCGCUGUCAUUCCAUAAUCUUCCAGAGUCGGAGCAAGCAUUACUGAUCAAGAAACGUAUCGCCGAGUACUCGAGAAAGGUUUAUCGCAAGACCCACGAGACCAAGGUCAUGGAAAGAGAAGCUGUUGUCUGCCAGAGGGAGAACCCGUUCUAUGUCGAUACUGUCAAGGCCUUUCGUGACCGCCGAUACGAAUAUAAGGGCCUGCACAAGAAAUGGAAAGGGAACGUGGAGACAGCCCUUGCCUCUGGAGACCUAGUCGAGAUCGAGAAUGCUAAGAAGAUGGUCGUGCUGUACGACUCUCUGCAGCUAGCGCACAAGUGUAUUUUGAACUCGUUUUACGGAUACGUUAUGCGAAAGGGAGCCCGAUGGUACUCGAUGGAGAUGGCGGGGAUUGUGUGUCUGACGGGUGCUAGGAUCAUUCAGCUGGCGCGUCAGCUUGUCGAGCAGAUGGGGCGACCUCUUGAGUUGGAUACGGACGGCAUUUGGUGCAUUUUUCCGCAGACAUUCCCUGAGAAUUUUGCGUUCAAGCUCAAGAACGGCAAGAAGUUCCCAAUCUCAUACCCCUGUACCAUGCUGAACCAUCUGGUCCACGACAAGUUCACAAACAAGCAGUACAAGGUCCUCAGCAACCCCGAGGAGCACGAGUACGAGACGAUCGAGGAGAACAGUAUUUUCUUCGAAGUCGAUGGUCCCUACCACGCCAUGAUCUUGCCCUCGUCCAAAGAAGAGGACAAACUGCUCAAGAAACGCUAUGCCGUGUUCAACAAGGACGGAUCAAUUGCCGAGUUGAAGGGUUUCGAGAUCAAGCGUCGUGGAGAGCUCAAGAUGAUCAAAAAUUUCCAGUCGCAGCUGUUCAAAGUCUUCUUGGAAGGAUCGGAUCUCGAGGAGUGUUAUGCGGCUGUGGCAAGGGUGGCGAAUCAAUGGCUCGAUGUUCUGUACAGCAAGGCCGUGGAUCUAGAGGAAGACGAGCUGUUUGAUCUGAUUUCGGAGAACAGGAACAUGUCCAAAUCUCUAGAGGAAUACGGUGCACAGAAAUCGACCGCCAUUAGCACAGCAAAGCGUCUAGGAGAGUUUUUGGGUGAUCAGAUGGUCAAGGACAAAGGACUGAACUGCAAAUUCAUUAUUGCGGCACAGCCUGCUGGCAGUCCCGUAACGGAGAGAGCCAUUCCGGUCGCCAUUUUCUCGGCCGAACCAGCAGUGAUGAAGUUUUAUCUAAGGAAAUGGCUAAAGGACAGCAGCUUGCAGGACUUUGAUAUCCGAUCGAUCCUGGACUGGCACUACUAUUUAGAGCGAUUCGGCGGAGUCAUCCAAAAGUUGAUUACCAUUCCCGCAGCCAUGCAAAAAGUCACCAACCCGGUGCCUCGUGUUCGACAUCCCGACUGGCUGUUCAAGCGUGUCAUGGCAAUGGACGAUAAGUUCAAGCAACACCGUAUCACUGACGCCUUCAAACCUGCAGAGAAGAGAGCAUAUGGCGGCGAUGGAGUCAUGGAUCUGGAGGACUUUGGUUCGACAAGCAUGGGAGGACUAUCGCGUCCUGUAGUCCACAAGAUCAUGAAGAGUACCAAGGACAAGAGACGACAGAAGGAACAAAAAUCGAUCGAAGCACAGGUCUUGGAGCUUGAGUUGCCUGAGGAGAUGCCAGACAUGCUGAUAGAUUAUCAUGGAUUCUUGGCCUACCAGAAGAUCAAGUGGAAGCGACAGCGACUUGAGCGAGCUCAGCGAAAGGCAUUGGGACAAUCUCGAGCCAAGGGUCCUGCGGGAUCGCUCUCAGGGUUCAUUCAGCAGCAGUCUACCAACAUCUUGACCAAGUUCUGGCAGAUCAUCCAGAUUGUCGAGACAGAGAUUCCUGGAGAGUUCAGGCUUUGGAUUCUGAUUGAUAAGACAUUGCAUUCCAUCCGACUAUCGGUCCCCCGCAUCUUUUAUGUGAACAGUAGAGUCGAGGACACCAACAACGAGACAAGAUUGUUCCCGAAACAAAAGCUGGUUCGAACGCUGCCCCGUGCCCAUUCGUGCCUACAUUUGUACCAGUUCACCAUGUCGGAGAACCUCUAUCAAAGAGAAUCUAAAAACUUGUCCAGCUUUUUCAGUCAUCCCGACGUGGAGGGUGUUUAUGAGACGCAGCUACCGCUCCUCUACCGCGCCAUCAUCAACUUGAGCUGUGUCUGUUCGGUCAGCAACCGUGCCAAACGUGGACUGGACGAGGGAUUCGAGCUGGCUGAUCUCAAGGCAGAAAACAUGGACAAGAUGCCGUAUCUGCAGGAGGACCGGUCGCUUCACUACCUUUAUUUAUAUCACGCUACUACGGAUACCCGACACCUUCUUGCCCUCUACUCUUCAGUCCACAACCGUGUCUUUGUCUUUGUCGUUGAUGCACCAGGACAAAAAGGGCAGAUGCCGAAUAUGUCCAGGACUUAUGAGGCGGUCAAGGCUGAGAUCGAGAAGAUGCCGACAUCAACUCGCAGAACCAACAAGGCCUGGGAUUAUUUUGGCCAGCUCCAGUUCGAUGUCGAGUACGUGACGAACGAGAAGGCUGCGUUUAAAGGUCUGGUCAAGUGUUUGAGUAAGUACCAGGACGAACGCCGCGGACCCACUGCGGUCAUUUUACAUUCACCAAGACCCAAGCAGAAGCUGCUUGAGAGCAUGAGUAUCCUAGCAGAAUUUCCGCUGAUUUCUAUGCCAUGUUCCAAGAGUACAAAGCCAUUUCAGGCACUUGCGUGGCAGACUAACGCAACAAAGCGUAUGUUGGCCCAGUUUUUGACGGUGGGGGGAUGGGUCACGGAGCAGAUCGCAUUGGCACGGUACGCGGAUGUGCCUCUCUGCAAUAUCGAGCAGGACUCGCCCAUCUUUGUGACGGAUGUGCUGCUCGCACGCCGACUUCAGCGGCAUGACAUGCUGCUGUGGUGGUCUCCUUCGAGCAAACCCGAUCUAGGUGGUCGAGAGGACGACGAGAAUUUGUCUGGCAUGGAAGAGUUGCAGGAUCCGAACAUCAACGUGCCAGGACACUAUGAGACUGUAUGCUUGGAAAUGGACGUGCUUCACUUGGCGGUCAACACACUUUUGCAGUCGACUCUGAUUAAUGAACUCGAGGGUGGGACUGAGACUGCGUUGGACGCGUCUCAUACGCUGGAUGAUUACAAUUCUGGAAAGGUUUCGAGCAUUAUUUCAUUCGGUACAGGAACCGCCUCGACCCAAGCAUUUGCAGUCAUCAAGAAUAUGGUCAGGGGCUGGGCGAUCGAGUUAGCAGAGACCCAAAACUUCUUUGCGGAGAGCAUGAUGGGCCAUUUCCACCGCUGGCUGACCAGUUCGAGCUCAAAAUUGUAUGACCCAUGUAUGUACGCACUCGUACACGGCCUGAUGAAGAAGGUGUUCCUACAGCUCGUUUCGGAGUUCAAGAGACUGGGGUCCCGCGUUAUCCUGGGCAACUUCAACAAACUCACGAUCGCCACGUCCAAGGCGUCUGUCGGAAACGCAUACGCCUACUGUAGCUGGAUCAUUCGCCACAUUCAAUCCAAGCAACUGUUUAUGACGAUGGAUCUGAUCCCGGUCCACUAUUGGGAACAAUUGCUCUGGAUGGACUCCGCUAACUAUGGAGGAAUCAUUUGUCCAAACCCAGAUGAGGUCCAGGAAGAAGAUCAACCAACGCUCUUGACACAGGCUAAUCGAGAUAUCCAUAUGCAGUGGAAUAUUCAGCAGUAUCUACCUAUGGCACUUCACCAAGAGUUCCUGGUGACCAUCGGAGAAUUCAUCGAUCAGGUGUACAAGUUCCGGCACCAGAAGCAGCUUGUGACGCCCAAGAGUUCGGUGAAUGGUGCAGAUGGUACGGUGAAUGGACAUGACGAUGGCGAAGGCACUAAGCUGACGAACGGGGGAACCAAGGCGGACAAGAAGAAUCUCGAGGCAGUCGCAUUCAAGAAGAAGUUGGUAUCGCACCACAUUUCGAGACGGUUGCUGAAGGUCUUUCCCGAGAUUUUAGCCAAGAGGAGAGACUCGCUUAAGGAUCCGCAGCUUGCUUUCAUGUAUGCUUUUCCUCGACAGCCUGGCUCGCAUCUUCAGAUGACGAAUCCUGCGCUGGAGCUGAUCAAGUCUAUCACAGCCGUAUUUGGCAUCGACACGUCGAUCGAGCGAGAAGUCCGGGUGAUGCGCAAGAAUUUGUUAGAUCUGAUAGAGAUCAGAGAGUUCUCUCCCGAGUCGAUCUUUCAGAACCCGUGCGAAAGUUUUGUCCUUCGGGGGGUGAUUUGUUCGUACUGCAACUAUUGUCAGGAUCUGGAUUUUUGCCGCGAUCCGUACUUAUUGCCGAAGAUCAAGAAGGAUACAGGCGAAGUUAUCCUAGGCGCGUGGAGGUGCCAGGAGUGCAAGGAGGAAUACGACCGUGAGGCGAUCGAAGAGUCGAUGGUAGCGAUUGUGGAGAGGAUGUUGGACCAGUACCAGAUGCAGGAUCUGAAGUGCGUCAAGUGCAGGAGGGUCAAGGCCGAUCACUUAGGGGAGUGGUGCGAGUGCUCGGGUCGGUUCGUCACUGUUCUGGGCAGGACCGAGUACUUGCGGAAGAUGAGAGUAUUUGACAAUAUUGCAGAGUUUUAUGGACUCUCGCUACUCAAGGAGAUUGUCUCGUGGACACUAAAUAACUAG